AUGGCGGCGGCGGCGGCGGGCGCGGAGCCGGGCCCGGUGGUAGGGGCGGCGGCGGCGGCGGCGGCCGGGGAGGAGGAGCCGGGCCCGGGAGCGCCGUGUGCGGCCCCGCUGCGCCUGGCGCGGCUGCCGCUGGCCCGGGUGAAGGCGCUGGUGAAGGCCGACCCCGACGUGACGCUGGCCAGCCAGGAGGCUGUCUUCGUCCUGGCCCGCGCCGCGGAAUUGUUUGUUGAAACCAUAGCUAAAGAUGCUUAUGUAUAUGCCCAGCAAGGAAAAAGGAAAACUCUUCAGAGAAAAGACUUGGAUAAUGCCAUUGAAGCCAUUGAUGAGUUUGCUUUUCUGGAAGGCACUUUGGACUGACCUGACCAGGAAAGGAGUUAUAUGAAGAAAAGGACUGGGAACAGCUGCUGGGAAGAUGCAUGGGAUGAGAUUUUCAAAACAGUCAAUGGGAAUGGGACUCAUCUACUUAGUUUAAAUAAUGUUGUCUGUGUUUUACAGACUGCUUUGAGUGUCUCAAUCAUAAUGUUUUGUAUAAAGUUUAAGUUGUUAUAGUUCUUUAUUUUAAAUACAUAUUUUUCAUAAAUACUUUGUAUGUCAGUGUACUGUGUCCUCCAGGUCACAUUUCAGAGCUCAUCUCAAACUUGGUGUAUAACACAGCAAUAGCUCAGUAUAGCAAUGCUGUAUUUGCAUCUAUUCUAAAAUUCUCCAUUGAUAAAAAAGCUUUGAGGAUGGAUUGAACCUGCCUCUGAGGUCUGAUUAUAGUUUUUAUUUUUAUGGAAAUGUAUUUCUUUUCUGUAUGUUUGUCUCUUGGCCAAACAGAAUUCAACAUUUCUUGACUAAUAAAUAUGCUGCCCUGAGCCUUUUCUGGGGAGGGCGGCAUGUAUAGUU